AUGGUGGCCAUCCCCAACAAGAUGCUCGACAUGAUGACCGACUACGACACCGCCAGGGAGUGGGUGCACAAGAACGUCAGCGCCUACAACUUCGGCGGCGGCGUCAACAUCCGAUAUGUUGCCGUCGGGAAUGAGCCGUUUCUGUCGUCCCUGAAUGGCACGUUCCUGAAUGUCACGUUGCCGGCCCUACAGAACAUCCAGAAGGCCCUCGACGAGGCCGGCGUCGGCGACACCGUCAAGGCCACCGUACCGCUGAACGCCGACGUGUACCAAUCCCCCAAGGACAACCCGGUGCCGUCGGCCGGGCGGUUUCGGCCGGAGAUCUCCGGCCUCAUGACGGAGAUCGUGCAGUUCCUCAACCAGAGCGGCGCGCCCUUCACGGUCAACAUCUACCCGGGCCUGUUUCGGAAGCUGGCGAGCAACGCCGGCACGCCGCUGCGGCCCAACCAGUACAUCGAGAUCUACCUCUUCAGCCUCAUCGACGAGGACGUCAAGAGCGUGGAUCCGGGCUACUUCGAGCGGCACUGGGGCGUGAUGCGCUAUGACGGCCAGCCCAAGUACGCCAUGGACCCGACCGGGCAGGGCCGGAACACGGCGCUGGUGGGGGCCCGGGGCGUGGAGUACCUCCCGCGGGUGUGGUGCGUGCUCAACGCCAACGCGGGGAACAUGAGCAGGCUCGCGGACAACGUGGGCUACGCGUGCUCCAACGCCGACUGCACCUCGCUCAGCCUCGGGUCGACGUGCAACGGCAUGGACCCCGCGGGGAACGCCUCCUACGCCUUCAACGCCUACUUCCAGGUGCAGGACCAGGACGAGCAGGCGUGCGGCUUCGACGGGCUCGCCGUGCGCACGCGGCAGGACCCCUCCACGGGCACCUGCAACUUCACCAUACAGCUCGAGACCACCUCCGCGGCGGCGGGGCGGCCGACAGUUCUCUUGACGACGGCCCUGCUGGCCUUGGUUCUUGCGGCCAUGGUGACCAUGCUCUGA